AUGGCCAUUCCUCCAGCCUUAGCAGCGCUUGUAGCUGGUUCCUUAGGAGGUGCGGUCGGGGUAGGUGCUGCAUUUCCUUUCGAUACCCUCAAAACGAAAGCACAAGUGUAUUCUUUUGGACAAGGAAAGGAGGAUCAGGCAAGGGGAGUGGGCAUGAAGCAAAUCAUCAUCCAAGUACUGAAAACAGAAGGCCUUGGUGGAUUCUAUGGGGGAGUUUCUACCAUGAUGGUUGGCCAGGCAUUCAUUAAAGCUGUCGCAUUUUCGGCAAAUAGUGCUGCGCUGGACGCAGAAAAGAUGACUUCUAUGUUUGCAAGCCUGUCUCCUUUGGCACAACUCACCUGUGCUGCAUUAUUUUCAGGUUUUGUGACAUCUUUUCUUGUAAAUCCGAUAGAGAGAAUCAAAAUCAUGUGUCAAGCUGCUGAGAAAGGAACUUACAAAUCUGAACUAGAAUGUGCUCGCAUUAUCAUUGGAUCAGAUGGAAUCAAAGGCUUUCUGUUUCGAGGACUUGGACCCACAAUACUGCGGGAGACUCCAUCCUAUGGAAUUUACUUCGUCAUUUAUUCACAAUUGAUGAAUCAACAGGUAAUUCAAGGUCUUGGCAUGUUUGCUCCUCUCCUGGCUGGCGCUCUCAGCGGAUGUGCGUGUUGGCUCCCAGUGUAUCCCAUGGACGUCAUCAAGACUACUAUCCAAAACACGGAUGGUAAGACUCGGGCGCCAACCACAAUUGAAACUGCUUACGAGUUGUAUACCCGUGGAGGAAUUGGGGUCUUUUUGAUGGCAUUGAAAGCAAGAUGCUACGAGCAGCUACAAAUCAUGCAGUAA